ACACAGUAGCACUUUGACACAAAGAUACUGAAAAACAUAUAAAAAGAAAACCAUUUCAAAAACACUCCAAGUGAAUACUACAAGACUUUGAUUUUGAGCGUUUAUUUAGGGCAAUUCCAAACCUCUUUACACAAACAUCUUCAAAACAAGAAAAAACCUUUACGAUUAAAUAAAAUUCUAAACUAACUAAUGGAAAUACAUAAUAUUUAGAUCCUUUAAGGGGAAAAAAAAUCGAAUCUUUCAAGAUCUGUGAAAACUGCAAUACAAAAUGGAUAAAACUGCCGAACGUCUGGUGAGAUUGGAGGGGGUGGAGCGAAUGCUCCAGAUGUCCAUGGAGCGCAUAAAGAUUGCAAUGAUCAUUCCGAAACUCUUGGAGAAUCCCGAGGAGCUCAAGCGUGUGCUGAAGGGCACUCGGUAUGAGGAAGUCCUCGAACCCAUCGACAACAUGAUCCAAUACCUCGGCAAGCAGACAGGACGCUCUAAGCUGCCACACGAUCACACCACCAUGCGGAUCGUGGACUUCUUUCUGGUGAAUCACCGCAUCCAUCGGUUCUUUCCGCAUCUGAUGCGCUCGCUGGAGGAUCGCGAUCGCCAGCUGCUAGCUGCCUUCCACUUUCUCCUGGAAAGCGCCCACAUGCACCUCCAUCGAUCCUCCCGAAGCGAGAUUACCAAGGAAAGAAAGCUGCAUGCCAUCUACCAUCAAAACGUCGAUAUUCAGAAGAAAAUCAAGGAGCUUAAGGCCAGUCUGGCCUUUCAGAAGGUUAUUGGAAAGUGGAAGACGGCCGCCAAAGGCAUCUACUUGAUGAAGGUAGAAGAGGACUUGGCCAACAAGAAGUGGCAAAAUAAUGUGGCUAUUCAGAACGAAAUUGAAAAGUGCAACAGGACCAUGAGAAUCUACCACAAGGGAAGCCUGGACCGACAAAAGGAGCUGGAGGAAGAGCUGAACGCCGCCCGGGAGGCCUACGAAAAGAUGACCCACAAGCAUCUGCGUGAAGAGAUGGAAUUGAGAAGUGAAAAAAACAAGCUUCUUUUGCAACUUCAAAGUAUACUUAAGAAGUAUGAUGUGAGCCUGGGCGAGAAGAUGCGUGAGAACAUAGAGCAGGAGGACCAGUACUUGGAAGCCAAGAAGGCCCUCGACGAAUUCAUGGUCCUAUACCGCCAGGAGGAGCGCGUCUACAAGGCCGUGGUGGUGAAGCGAGAGGAAGAGGAGCGUCGUGUCCAGCAGCAGAAACUGGUGAUUUUCAUGAUGAACCGGGCGGCGGCCAAGAUCCAGAAAUAUUGGCGCAAAUGGAAGAAGGAGCAGCGGAAGAAGAACAAGCGAAUGGCCAAGAAGGGCAAGAAGGGGAAAUAGUGAAUCUUCUCUAGUUUACACACACCUCUACAUUUGUAUUUUUAGUUUGUACUUAACUGUACAUUUGUAGAGUUACCAACAAUAAUAAAGAGUUUCAACAAAAA